GAGAGGCCUGACGAGAAGGAGGAACGCGUGCAAGGGUUUUCCGGGGAAGGCGGAGCCUGAGGAUUGGUGCCGCCGAGGGAAGCAUGGACGGCGCAUGCAAGUGGCGGGAGCUUCCUUCCUCGCCCAGCCUCCGGAACCUCACGGCGCCCGACUACGGCGUGCCCGGGAAGCGGCAGCGGCCGGCCUUGCAGGACCUUGCGCGGGCCCACAUUGAGUCCUUCAAUUUCGCCGUCGGGGAUGGGCUGCUCCGGGCUGUGCAGGCCAUUCCACCUUUGGAGUUUGCUUAUAAGAAUGACCAGAUCACUUUGGCCAUUUCAGGGGCCAUCAUUAGUCCUCCAAUGGUACCAAAAGGGACUAUAUGUAAAGACUUGAAAGUUUACCCAGCAGAAUGCCGAGGACGCAGAAGCACCUACCGUGGAAAACUAACUGCUGAUGUGAGCUGGUCAGUAAAUGGCGUCCCUAAAGGGAUUAUUAAACAGUUUCUUGGGCACGUUCCUAUUAUGGUGAAGUCCAAACUCUGCAAUCUGCAUGGCCUUUCUCCCAAAGCGCUCAUCAAACACCACGAGGAGGAAGAGGAAAUGGGAGGCUAUUUCAUAAUUAAUGGUAUAGAAAAGGUGAUCAGAAUGGUGAUUAUGCCAAGGCGUAACUUUCCUCUUGCAAUGGUAAAACCAAAAUGGAAAUCUAGAGGCCCUGGCUACACAAAAUACGGAAUCACAAUGCGCAGCGUUAGAGACGAACAUACAGCAGUUAACAUGACUCUCCAUUACCUUGAAAGUGGCAUGGUGAUGGUGAACUUCAUCUACCGGAGGGAGCUGUUCUUCCUUCCUUUGGGAUUUGUACUAAAGGCAUUAGUUAAUUUCUCAGACUUCCAGAUUUUUCAAGAGUUGAUCAAAGGGAAAGAAGAUGAUACUUUCUACAAGAACUGCGUGUCUCAGAUGCUGAGGCUGGUCACAGAGGAGGGCUGCAUGACACAGAAACAGGUCCUGGCCUUCUUUGGGCAGCGCUUCAGGGUGAAGCUCAACCUCCCUGAUUGGUACCCCAGUGAACAAGUUGGAGAGUUCCUUUUCGAGCAAUGCAUCUGCAUUCAUCUGAAAACCAAGGCUGAGAAGUUCUACUUGCUUUGCCUCAUGACCCGGAAGCUCUUCACUUUAGCCAAAGAUGGCUGCAUGGAGGAGAACCCUGAUAGCCUAAUGAAUCAAGAGGUGUUAACUUCAGGAGAACUUUACCUCAUGUUUUUAAAGGAGAAGAUGGAAGGCUGGCUGCAGUCUAUUAAAAUAGUCUUAGACAAGAAAGCACAGAAGUCAAAUAUAACAACUAUUAAUUCAGAAAACAUGAUGAAGAUCCUAGGCAUGGGAAAUGACCUUACAAGGCUGCUGGAGUAUCUCCUUGCUACUGGGAACUUGCGCUCUAAAACAGGUUUGGGGAUGCUGCAAGGUUCCGGGCUGUGUGUGAUUGCAGACAAGCUGAACUUUGUUCGCUACCUGUCCCACUUCCGUUGCGUGCAUCGAGGUGCUGAUUUUCUCAAGAUGAGAACCACAACGGUGCGCAAACUGCUGCCGGAGUCCUGGGGCUUUCUUUGUCCGGUCCACACCCCAGAUGGUGAACCUUGUGGUCUGAUGAACCACAUGACAGCCCCAUGUGAAAUAGUAACCCAGUCCCUAUACACAGCCUCCCUGCCCCCUUUGCUUUGCUCUUUAGGUGUCACUCCAGUUGAUGGUGUGCCAAGCCAACCUUACUCCAAUUGCUAUCCAGUUACUUUAGAUGGGUGUCUAGUGGGCUGGAUAGAGAAGGAUCUGGCUCCUGACCUUGUAGAGACACUCAGGCAUUUUAAGACAAUGCAGGAGAAGAAAAUUCCAGUUUGGACCGAAGUGGUCCUUAUCCCCAUGACAGGCAAACCCAGCCUGUAUCCAGGACUCUUCAUUUUCACUACUCCUUGCAGAAUGAUGCGUCCUGUACGAAACCUGUCCCUGGGAAAAGAAGAAUGGAUUGGCACAAUGGAACAGGUCUUCAUGAAUAUAGCUGUGUCUGAGGAUGAAAUUGAACCUGGGCUGACCACUCAUCAGGAGCUCUUUCCCCAUAGCAUGCUAAGUGUGGUGGCGAGUUUCAUUCCCUUCUCUGAUCACAACCAGAGUCCCAGAAAUAUGUACCAGUGUCAGAUGGGUAAACAAACUAUGGGUUUUCCACUUCUGACCUUCCCAUAUCGAUCUGAUGACAAACUCUACCGGCUUCAGAACCCUCAGAGCCCGUUGGUACGACCCUCCAUUUAUGAUUAUUAUGACAUGGACUCUUACCCAACUGGUACAAAUGCAGUUGUUGCAGUGAUCUCCUAUAGUGGCUAUGAUAUGGAAGAUGCAAUGAUCUUGAACAAGGCUUCAUGGGAAAGAGGGUUUGGACAUGGAAGUAUCUACAAGACAGAACGCAUUGACUUGGCGGAAAAGAUCAAACAAGGAGAUGACAAUCUGGUAUUCGGGAUUGGUCGGAAUAACACAGCAGUUUUGGAGAAUUUGGAUCCUGAUGGCCUGCCCUAUAUUGGAGCCAGACUUCAGUAUGGGGACCCCUACUAUAGCUAUCUGAAUCUCAAUACAGGGGAAAGUUUCGUGACUUACCACAAGAAUAAGGAAGUUUGUGUUGUGGAUAAUAUUAAAGUCUGCAGCAAUGAUACUGGGACUGGAAAUUUCAAGUGCGUGUGCAUCACGCUGAGAGUGCCCCGGAAUCCAACAAUUGGGGACAAAUUUGCCAGCCGGCACGGCCAGAAAGGCAUCUUGAGCCGACUAUGGCCAGCUGAGGACAUGCCGUUUACUGAAAGUGGGAUGGUACCGGACAUCCUCUUCAACCCUCACGGUUUUCCGUCCCGAAUGACCAUCGGCAUGCUCAUCGAGAGUAUGGCGGGCAAGUCUGCAGCGCUGCACGGCCUCUGUCACGACGCCACCCCUUUCACAUUUUCCGAGAAGAACCCUGCUGUGGAGUACUUUGGCAAACUGCUGAAGGCGGCUGGCUACAAUUACUACGGAACAGAAAGAAUGUACAGCGGUGUGUCGGGAGCAGAGCUCGAAGUAGAUAUUUUCAUUGGUGUCGUGUACUACCAGCGCCUGCGGCACAUGGUCUCUGACAAGUUCCAGGUGCGGACAACAGGCGCCCGAGAUAAAGUGACCAACCAGCCUGUUGGAGGGAGGAAUGUUCAGGGCGGCAUCCGUUUUGGAGAGAUGGAGCGGGAUGCUUUGUUAGCUCACGGGACAUCCUUCUUGCUCCAUGAUCGCCUCUUCAACUGUUCUGACCGUUCUGUUACCCAUGUGUGUAUCGAGUGCGGAAGCCUGCUCUCCCCACUUCUAAAGCCACCGCCUGAAUGGUCCACCACACGCAUCAGGCAACACAUUUGCACGCUGUGCGGCCGGAGCGAUACCGUUGAAACCAUUGCGGUCCCUUACGUCUUCCGCUGUUUUGUGGCGGAAAUGGCUGCCAUUAACGUCAAAGUGAAACUUGAUGUGAAUUAGCCGUACCCUUCAUCCUAGAUGAGAGUAACCCGUGUUUCUCCUGCAGAACCAAUUCAAAAGGGAUGAAGACUCAUUAUGAAUUUUUAAAUUACAUUUAAAAGCAAGGGCAGAAUUCUUGCUUAGCACCAAACCACGACAUCAGAAUUCAAGGACGAAUAGGACCCUUCCCUGAUUAAAUAGCAUAGUUUUUGAAGCUUUCUGUAAGUGGUUUGACAGUUAAACUUUUUAAAGGCAUAUCUGUUCUAUGAAUGAAGAAUCAAAGAGCUUUUCUUCCAUGGUGUGGAUUUUGGCCAUAAUGGCUGAUGAUAACAUAUAUGUCCCGGAGAGAUACUGUACUUGAAAACGUUAAGAGGUGACAAAGAGAAGACAGAGGCCUUUGUAACAGAAAAUAGACAUGUUCCUUAGUGCUGUUCGAUUGUUAAAAGGCUGCAUUUCCUUGAAUAGCUGUGAAAGGUCAUGCUAAUUUUUUAAGGUGGUAAAAGAGGGUGAUCCUCCAGCUGUUUUGCACCGAGUCAUUGAUAAGGACUUACAGCAGUUGUAGUCCAGAACAUCUGGAGGACCCAAGGUUCCCCAACCCUGCCUGAAAGGCUCCGUUUUCCCUUCCACACAGUUGAGGAUUACUAACUUUGCCUUGAGUGGAAAGAAUAUAGCACAGACAAAACCUAUGUUUUUUGCUAAUUUUUUUCACCCUAUGAUGAGCACCAGAAAAGAUUACCAUUGCAUCCUGAGGGGAGAGGGUCAAACUAUUUUGUUCUACUUGUUUGUUUGUUUUUAAAUUUGCUUCGUGCCAACUGUGCCAUUACUAAGCUGCAGAAGGAUAUUUUCAUCUCCCUAUUUCACACAGCAGCUCUUUAUUCUCCGAGUAGACUUUUGUAAAAAGGCUAAGAUGGAGAUGAUGGUUGAAAUGCUGUUGGCAGAAAUCCGAUGGGCGUAAAUGGCAAUGUUAAACUUUAAUUUUAAUCUUCCUUUUCCCCCUGUUCCAGGUUCCGAGGCUCCCUUGGGAUCCCUUUUAUCCUGGGGAAACCUUUGGAAGUCUUGGGACAAGGUGGAGCCUUUAAUAUCAGGAAAAACUGCUACUGGAUCACUGGCUGUGAUUUUCUGAUAUUAAAGGCUCCUCUCCCUCUCCCCCCCCCCAAUCCUGAGGCUCCCAAAGGCUUUUCCAGGGCAAAUGACCUUUUUAAUGACCUUUUUCAUUAGAAUUUUGUAAAAGAUA